UUGGCUCGUCCUUGCAGUCAGUUGCUUUGCUGGCUUCAGCAGGCUCUUAAGGUCUCGAGGCGUAGACAUGCCUGCCCCCCACCCCCUUCCUCGGUCUCCCCUUUCAGUUCAGAUGUGCUGAUGUGCAGACCGGAUUCAUCUUCCCGGAGCAGCGGCGGCGGGCGCAGGCGGCGGCGGCGGCGGCUCGCGCUCGGCCGCCAGGUCCGGGCAGCGGCGGGGGCGCGGCGCGGGAGCCGGAGCUCCGUGUGCAGCUGAGCCCGUGGGGCGCCGCUCGCCCAGCCGCGGCCGUGGGAAGUCCGGCCGCCAGAAGGACGCCCCGGCAGGCUGCGAGCGCCCACUCCGCCCGAGCCGAGUUGGCCCGAGGCUGCUCCUCCCCGCCCGCGGGAGACGAGCUCCUUACCUGCCCUCCGCCCACCCGCCGGCCCUUCGCCAACUUCUCUCUGCCACUGGGGGUAACAGGCACUUCUGGCCCCCUCUACUGUCCCAACGGCACACGCAUGUCUCCGGACACCUGAGCACCCGGGUCCCGCCGAGGAGCCUCCCCGCGGGGAGAGGAGCGCCAGUCCCCUUGACCCCGCACAUCCACGCGGACCGCGGACGCCUCUCCUCCCGGGCCGGUCCCCUCCUUUUCCUCCAGGGGUGGAGGAUGGGGUUGGAAACGCUGCCCCCGAGGAUGCGCUGGUGGCUGGUGGCCGUGGGGAUUAUUUGCUACGGGGAACGGUGGGUCUGCGCUGGCCUCGAUUAUGAUUACACUUUGGAGGGCAACGAAGAGGAGAAAGCGGAGGUGAUCGAUUACAAGGACCCGUGUAAAGCCGCUGUGUUUUGGGGUGAUAUUGCCUUAGAUGAUGAAGACUUAAAUAUCUUUCAAAUUGAUAGAACAAUUGACCUUACCCAGAACCCCUUUGGAAAACUUGGACAUACCACAGGUGGAUAUGGAGACCAUGGUAUGUCAAAGAAACGAGGGGCCCUCUACCAACUUAUAGACAGGAUAAGAAGAAUUGGCUCUGGCUUGGAGCAAAACAGCACAGUUAAGGGGAAAGUGCCUCUAAAAUUCUCAGGGCAGAAUGAGAAAAAUCGAGUUCCGAGGGCUGCUACGUCAAGAACAGACAGAAUAUGGCCCGGAGGCGUUAUUCCUUACGUUAUAGGAGGCAACUUCACUGGCAGCCAGCGAGCCAUGUUCAAGCAGGCCAUGAGGCACUGGGAGAAGCACACAUGCGUGACUUUCAUUGAAAGAAGUGAUGAAGAGAGUUACAUUGUAUUCACAUACAGGCCUUGUGGAUGCUGCUCUUAUGUAGGUCGGCGGGGUAACGGACCUCAGGCAAUCUCCAUUGGCAAGAACUGUGAUAAAUUUGGAAUUGUUGUUCAUGAACUGGGCCAUGUGAUAGGCUUUUGGCAUGAACACACGCGACCAGAUCGAGAUAACCAUGUAACCAUCAUAAGAGAAAACAUCCAGCCAGGUCAAGAGUACAACUUUCUGAAGAUGGAGCCUGGAGAAGUGAACUCCCUGGGAGAAAGAUAUGAUUUUGACAGUAUCAUGCACUAUGCCAGGAACACCUUCUCAAGGGGGAUGUUUCUGGACACUAUUCUCCCUUCUCGUGAUGAUAAUGGCAUCCGUCCCGCAAUCGGUCAGCGGACCCGUUUAAGCAAAGGAGAUAUUGCACAGGCAAGAAAGCUGUAUAGAUGUCCAGCAUGUGGAGAAACCCUACAAGAGUCCAAUGGCAACCUUUCCUCUCCAGGAUUUCCCAACGGCUACCCUUCUUACACACACUGCAUCUGGAGAGUUUCUGUGACCCCAGGGGAGAAGAUCGUUUUAAAUUUUACCACGAUGGACUUAUACAAAAGUAGUUUGUGCUGGUAUGACUACAUUGAAGUAAGAGAUGGGUACUGGAGGAAAUCGGCUCUCCUUGGCAGAUUCUGUGGGGACAAAUUGCCUGAAGUUCUUACCUCUACAGACAGCAGAAUGUGGAUUGAGUUUCGGAGCAGCAGUAAUUGGGUAGGAAAAGGCUUCGCAGCUCUCUAUGAAGCAAUCUGUGGAGGUGAGAUCCGUAAAAAUGAAGGACAGAUUCAGUCUCCUAAUUAUCCCGAUGAUUACAGACCGAUGAAAGAAUGUGUGUGGAAAAUAAUGGUGUCAGAAGGCUACUAUGUCGGGCUGACCUUUCAGGCCUUUGAGAUUGAAAGACAUGACAACUGUGCCUAUGACUACCUAGAAGUUCGAGAUGGGACCAAAGAGAAUAGCCCUUUGAUAGGGCGUUUCUGUGGUUAUGAUAAACCUGAAGAUAUCAGGUCUACCUCCAACACCUUGUGGAUGAAGUUUGUUUCUGAUGGGACUGUGAACAAGGCAGGGUUUGCUGCCAAUUUUUUUAAAGAGGAAGACGAGUGUGCCAAGCCUGACCGUGGAGGCUGUGAGCAGCGAUGUCUGAACACCCUGGGCAGUUACCAGUGUGCGUGUGAGCCUGGCUAUGAGCUGGGGCCUGACAAAAGGAGCUGUGAAGCGGCUUGUGGUGGACUUCUUACCAAACUUAAUGGCACCAUAACCACUCCAGGUUGGCCCAAGGAGUACCCUCCUAAUAAAAACUGUGUGUGGCAAGUGGUUGCGCCAACUCAGUACAGAAUUUCUGUGAAGUUUGAGUUUUUUGAAUUGGAGGGCAAUGAAGUUUGCAAAUACGAUUAUGUGGAGAUUUGGAGUGGCCUUUCCUCUGAUUCUAAAUUGCAUGGCAAAUUUUGUGGUGCUGAAGUACCUGAAGUGAUCACAUCCCAGUUCAACAACAUGAGAAUUGAGUUCAAAUCUGACAACACUGUAUCAAAGAAGGGCUUCAAAGCGCAUUUCUUCUCAGACAAAGACGAAUGCUCAAAGGAUAACGGUGGGUGUCAACAUGAAUGUGUCAACACGGUGGGAAGCUACGUGUGUCAGUGCAGGAAUGGAUUUGUGCUGCAUGAAAAUAAACACGACUGCAAGGAAGCUGAAUGUGAACAGAAGAUCCACAGUUCAAGUGGCCUCAUCACCAGUCCCAACUGGCCAGACAAGUACCCAAGCAGGAAGGAAUGCACAUGGGAAAUCAGUGCCACUCCAGGCCAUCGAGUCAAAUUAGCCUUUAGUGAGUUUGAGAUAGAGCAGCAUCAAGAAUGUGCUUACGAUCACUUGGAAGUAUUUGAUGGAGAAACAGAAAAAUCACCAAUUCUUGGACGACUAUGUGGCAACAAGAUCCCAGAGCCCCUAGUGGCUACUGGAAAUAAAAUGUUUGUUCGGUUUGUUUCUGAUGCAUCUGUUCAAAGAAGAGGCUUUCAAGCUACACAUUCUACAGAGUGCGGUGGCCGCCUGAAAGCGGAAUCCAAGCCCAGAGACCUUUACUCACAUGCGCAGUUUGGCGAUAACAACUACCCAGCGCAAGUCGACUGUGAAUGGCUAUUAGUGUCAGAACGGGGCUCGCGACUGGAGUUAUCUUUCCCGAUUUUCGAAGUGGAAGAAGAAGCUGACUGUGGCUAUGACUAUGUUGAGCUCUUUGGUGGCCUCGAUUCAACAGCGAUGGGGCUUGGUCGAUUUUGUGGAUCAGGGCCACCAGAAGAGAUCUAUUCAAAUGGGGAUGCAGUUUUGAUUCAUUUUCACACUGAUGACACAAUCAACAAGAAAGGAUUUCAUAUAAGAUACAAAAGCAUUAGGUAUCAAGAUACCACGCAUACCAAAUAACUAAUACCAAAACCUCCUUCAGAAAAUAAAGGAAUGUGCAUAACAGAGAGAAGACAUCGUUUGUUUUUUUUAAAUGAAGAUAUUAGCACAAUGUUUUAUAUAAUAAAACUGAACAGAAGAAAGCUGUACGACCAGAAUUAUCUCUGUACCGAACGAGAAGUUGGCAGUGAACCUUGGUCAGCUUUGCCAGGGUAUUUGAACUCCAGCUUGACGGUAUGAAUAAAGCCGGUGGAAGGGCAUGACGUGCUUCAAGGAAGACUCCACAAGCUUUUGCUCACAGCGUGACGCAGAUGCCUCGCAAGUCAGACAAUUAGGUUCAGGGUCUGUGGGCCUCCAGAGUGUUCUUUUAGACAAUUUUGCAAGAUUGGGGAUAAAUAAAAGGAUCUUGCAGGUCAUAAACUGGAAAACCCUCUCCUUGUUUCUUAGGAUAAUUGCUUUGGCGUUGUAUCUUGGACACAGUUACCAGAUCCUUGUAAAAUGUUGUGAAAUAGGAGUCUUAAAGAGGGUGGUUUGUAAUUUAAAUGUAGGUUUGUCCAAUGUUUGGAAACUGGAAUAUUUCAGCUUCAUUAUUUUCAUUUGCAGGCCAGAGUAACCUCUUUGAAACAUAGAUCAUCUUGAGACCACUUUAUUUUACUGAUAUUUUGACAACUUUGAAAUGUCAAUAGUUUCUGUUAUAGCAAUUAAACUCUAGACAUCAUUUUUUGAAGUGCUGAAAAGUGCCCAGUUGAUCCGUAGACUCAGUUCUUUCAGCGAAAGUGCUGCCUUUUCACACCAAAUCCAAGAAGCCUUGUGCUGGCUUAUGAACUUAACUGGAAAAAAAAAAUUCCCAACUGGUGUGAACAGGAUUCUUCUAAAUGAAAUGACUGUCUGGGUGGUUCGUACUCAAGUUACCACUGCUGCUAUUGUCUUUCUUUUGUUGUUGAUCUGUUGUAGUUGUAGUUGUUAUUGUUGAUGUUGUCAUGGUUAAUGUUGUAUUUAAAAAAAAUGAAAUGAAGCGGAAGUAGACCUUGUAAGAAUUGAAAGAUCUCUCUCUCUCUCUUUCCUUUUUUUUCCUUCUUGGGAUUCACUUUAAGACAAAAAAUGCAAUGUUGGAAAAAGGUUUUGUUUCUGAAAGACUUUCUAUGGUGCUAUUCCAUGAACAUUUUUUUAAACAAAGUUUUUGACUUUGAGCCAACCACCUGUAGACUAUGAAUGUCUCCCUCUGUCUGGCUGGUGGCAUUUGAAGAUGAAAGACUUGUAAAAUGUAUCAAGAGUAUAUCAUCGCAAGGGCAGCACUUGUCCUAUGGAACAACUACUUAUAAUGCCUUAGAAUUCUUGCACAUGAUCAACCAUAUCCUCCUAGAAACACAUCUUUUGAAAUAUUGCACGUAAUAGUGUAUGUUAAUUAGCAGCUCUAUGAGGAAAAUCCAUUUCUCUGACGGAACAUUGGGUAUAAAUAUGUUGACUUGCUUUUGUUGUAGAAAAUGGUUUUCUGCUUUAAAGCCAUGUGUGUUUUUAAUAUUAAUGUAUGUAUAUGUGAGCUUGUCUGAGUGAAGCUAAAAGAAGGUGAAAAGUAGUGGGCGGUUUGAAAAGUUAAAAUUUAUGUGCCAAGUUCUACUAGAAUCCUGUUUGAAGUAGCACCUUUCUUAGGCAGUUUCAUGGACAAAUAAUGGGAACUUCUAAUUAUUAUCGACCCAUUAAAAAACGGCUCUUUCCUUCAGAGAAACUCUAUUUUGAUAUGUUUUGAUGUUGAUGGAGAUCGCUCUAUAAAGUAGCUUUGUUUCUGUUAGCUGUCCAUGAAUAUUGAACAUUUAAUAAAAUUGGGUAUUUUUCUUCAUUUUUACAAAAUUAAACUAUACACACAGAUAUAGUUUAUUUGUUAUUGUUGCCCUAAAGAAUCUUUUCUUGCAUAUGAAUUAUAAUAUGUAAAUACAUUUUUAAAACCAAUCUUUUCAUCUUAUUGAAUGUUACUUUGGAAAUGUAUAACUAUUGCCUGCAACGUAAUAAGAUUUUAAUGGAGCUGACUUAUUCCAGUAACUUCUAUAUUUUUCACCAAUCUCCAAAUAGCCAAAAUUUAUCAGGAAUGGGAAAGAGAAAAGAAAAAACACAUGAACACCCAGUGUACGACACUGUGCCCAGCCUGGGACUGGGCACACGUACUAGCUCUUUUUAACCUUGUGCUCCCUUUGACAACUGUGAUGAUGUUCUCAUUUUCUAGUUCAGGACCUGAGGCUCAAAGAACACACAUAAUAUUCCCAGGGUCACAGUGUACAGUCAGAUGUUGAAAGCCAGCUUAUCUCUUCUAAAAAUCUGUGCUUGUCCUACAAAAUGUAGUAAAAUCAGUCUUAACGUAUAUAAAUAGUGGAUUUUUUUAUGAUGAAACUUUUCCACAUUGAGUAAAUUAUAGGGUGAAUUACAUUAAAUCUUCAGGAUAAACCUAUUCCUUUCAGAAACAGCAUGGCAAUUCGAACAUCAACUGUAGAUAGCUUUAAGGACUACAGUUAGUACUAGAAACAUAAAAAAACAAUAGUUUGAAGUUAGUAACCAUGGGCCUUUUGUUCAAAUAAAUAUUAAAUUAUUUUAUCUGCUGUGGUAGGGAAAUGUAGUGUUCUACUUUAUGAAAUAUUCUGGAUAUUCCAGUUGACAAUUAGGCUACAAUGUGCUGCUUCAACACAACCGAGAAGUUAAAGUUAAAAGGUAUUUAGAAAGCAUAUGGCGAUGUCAUAACUUAGGUCUCGAGUGUGGUCAUUAAUUUUUAUUGUAUCUUAUGUCAUAUCAGUUCACUGCAUACUAAUUUAUAUUAAUUCCACUUUGGCUUAAAUGUGUUGUUAAAUGCAAAUACAGACAGCUUCAAUGUUUUGUUAAUAAUUGUUAGUUACUGUUCUAGACAUUUUAUUAAAUUAAUUUUGUAAAUUAUUUUCAACCCCUACAUUAGUAUAUUGGUUGUUCUAUUUGCCACAGUUCUUACUCCUAUGCAUCCUGUACACAGAAAAAAACUGCUCCCACUUCAUAUGAUUUUAUUAAGUUAUUUUUAAAAGUCAUUAAUCUAGUUUAUUAUCAUGCCUUAAUGUACCUGAAUAAAACAACAUUUUUAAACAAAUGAAUGAGAAACAGCAAUUAUAUUUUGAAGCUCCCAAAUGUUUCCUGUUUAUAUUGGCUGGAUUUUGCUAUCUAAGACUAAGUUUAAGAUAUUACAGUGUCAUACUCAAAUUCUACUCAAUUUUGUUUUUAAAUAUCUUAGUCUCCUUUAUUUGAUUUAUAUUACUACUGUAUUUUUAUGGGAAGCCUCAAAUAGGAAAUUUUAUUCUUCCACACAGAAAAUCUCUAAAAACAUCUAAUGAUUAAUUAUUAUUCUUUAAGAAGAAUAAAAAUUAUUUUUAAAAGAAACAUUAAAUUAAAUUACAGAUUGCUUAGAUUUAGUGAACUACAGUUGUGUGACAUGCAAAAUGACUUUUACUUAGCAAUUAUCAAAAUGUUUGGAAAUUUUUUCAGUGAUAAUGAGAAUUAGAUUUACUUUUUGGAAAACCUUUAUACCACUUGUUAAAUCUGGCAUGAGAAGAGAAGCAGGAAAAAUAAUUGCCUCCUAAAGUUUUAUAAUUUGAACUACAGUAAUGC